CAGUGACAACACGGCAAAGUACUUUGAUCGGAAGCUCUCUGCGGCUAAGCUGCUAGCUUGGCUGAUAAGUAGCUAGCUCCAGUUUGUUGUGGAUGCAGGGAAUAAGGCUGUAAUAAAGACAGUUGACGACUUGAAACUUAGGAACAUGAGGCUGAAGGAGAUCCAGAGGACUGCCCACCAGGCGUGGAGUCCUGCCGAACAUCAUCCUAUCCACCUGGCAUUGGGAACAUCAGCACAGCAGCUGGAUGCCUCUUUUAAUACCACAUCAGCCCUAGAGAUAUUUGAGCUGGAUUUCUCUGAUCCAUCUUUAGAAAUGCAGCUCAAAGGGUCAUUACCCACCUCAAACAGGUUUCACAGUAUUGUCUGGGUGAAUUUUGGAAUGGGAGAAGAUGGUACUGGAGGGAGACUGGUUGCUGGCAGUGAAAAUGGCACAAUAACUGUAUAUAACCCAGAGGUCAUAAUGAGCUCUGGUGCAGAGGCAGUAGUGGGACAGUCUGACAAACAUACAGGACCUAUCCGGGCACUUGAUUUCAACCCUUUUCAGAGUAAUCUCCUCGCUUCUGGAGCAAAUGAUUCUGAGAUAUAUAUCUGGGAUCUGAACAACUUUAGCAGUCCAAUGACACCAGGAGCAAAGACACAGCCUGCUGAAGACAUCAGUGUUGUGUCCUGGAACAGACAGGUUCAGCACAUCCUGGCCUCUGCCAACACCAGUGGGAAAGCGGUUGUGUGGGAUCUGAGAAAGAACGAGCCCAUCAUCAAGAUCAGUGACCACAGCAACAGGAUGCACUAUUCGGGAAUGCUCUGGCACCCUGAGGUGGCCACUCAGUUGGUGUUGUCCUCUGAAGAUGAUCGGAUGCCGGUCAUCCAGAUGUGGGACCUCCGUUUCGCUACAUCCCCUCUCAAAGUCUUUGAAAACCACACAAGGGGAAUUCUGUCCAUAUCCUGGAGCCAGGCUGACCCUGAGCUCCUGCUGAGUAGUGCUAAAGACAACAGGAUCCUCUGCUGGAACCCAAACACUGGAGAGGUCAUUUACGAGCUUCCAACCACAAACCAGUGGUGUUUUGAUAUCCAGUGGUGCCCCAGGAAUCCGGCCUUGCUGUCAGCUGCCUCAUUUGAUGGGAGGAUCACAGUGUACUCUGUGAUGGGAGGGAGUCUGAAGGCUCAGCAGCAAAGCACAGCUGAUAAUAUAUCUUCCUCAUUUGAUGCAAUGGAUCCCUUUGGAACAGGGCAGGUACUGCCUCCCCUGCAGGUUCCUCAGCCUGUAGUGCAGGACACCAUAGUCCCCCCUCUAAAGAAGCCCCCUAAGUGGGUGCGCAGGCCAGUGGGCGCUUCCUUUGCUUUUGGUGGAAAGCUGAUAACCUUUGAGAAUCCCAAGCCAGCUCCCGUGCAGAGCCCCCAGCCCGUCCCCAGACAAGUGACUAUGAGCCAGGUUACCACGGAGACAGAGUUGCUCCAGCGCUCCAGGGAGCUGCAGGCAGCGCUGCAGUCGGGCUCCUUCAACAGCUACUGCCAGGCCAAGAUUCAGAGCGCCAAGUCAGACGCUGAGCAGGACAUAUGGAAGUUCCUUCUGGUCAACUUUGAGGAUGAAGCCCGUGUUAAAUUCCUCAGACUUUUGGGAUUCAGCAAAGAUGAAUUGGAGAGGAAGAUUUCAAAAUGCCUUGGGAAGAGUUUCCAGCACAACGGGCAUGGAGUAGAUGCUAAAGAUCUGGCACAAAAGAUGCAGCAGCUCUCCACUGAGAGGUCUGAUGAAGUUGAUGCUACAACCCCUGGUUCCGUUUCACCGGCAGACUUCUUCAGUCAGACCCCAAAGGAGAACUCCAACUUCCAGAUCCCUGUAUCCUGUGACACUGAUGGUCUGAUAAGCCAGGCUCUGCUGGUCGGUAACUUUGAGGGAGCUGUGGAUCUGUGUCUGAAUGACGGUCGUUACGCUGAAGCCAUCCUGUUGUCCAUCAGUGGAGGGGAGGAGCUGCUCAAGAAAACUCAGCAAAAAUACCUAAGCAAUCAAAAGAACAGCAUCUCGAUGCUCAUAUCAUCAGUGGUGACCCAGAACUGGAGUGACAUAGUGCAGAGCUGUGAGUUGGACAAUUGGAAGGAGGCCCUCGCUGCCCUGCUGACCUACGCUCACCCUGAAGAUUUUGCCCGUCUGUGUGAUACCCUGGGAGGCCGGUUGGAGCAUGAGCGGACAGAGAAGCGCUGCCUGCAGGCCUGUCUGUGUUACAUCUGCUCUGGGAACAUUGAGAAGCUGGUGGAGUGCUGGGCUUUGCACAGAGACUGCGCCUCCCCCCUCGGCCUGGAGGAUCUGGUUGAAAAGGUCAUGAUGCUGCGUAAGUCAAUCGAACGCCUCCGCAACAGCGAGGUGGUGGUGCAGAGCCCCAUCCUCGCCGAGAAGCUGACCUGCUACGCCGGGAUUCUGGCUGCAGAGGGCAGUCUGGCCACUGCCAUGACCUACCUGCCUGAGAACUCAGACCAGGCUGGGAUUAAUAUGCUGAGAGACAGGCUGUUCCACGCACAGGAAGAGGCUGCCGGUGGAAAGCAGCUUCCAAACUCCUUCAACAGAGUCAAUGUGUCCACAGCCAAGCCCACUCCUGCUGCUCAGGCUCCCGCACCAAAAGCACAAAUCAUGAGUCAGUACCAGCCCUCUGCUCCUCCCCAGGUUCCCCAGCAGCAGCAGCAGCAGCAGCAGCAGCAGCAGCAGCAGCAGCAGCAGCAGCCUCCUAUGCCGUCGUUUUAUACUCCAACAACACCAACCAACUCCGGACCUGGCCUGCCUCCUUUUUCUCACGUACCGUUGCCCAGCUCCACGCGCCCUGCCUCGAGGCCUCCCUACCCCCAACAUCCUGCUCCUGCUCCAGGUUUCCUUCCUCAUCAGCCAUUCCAGCCUCAGCGUAUGCCGUUCGGCGGGCCCUCAGGCUUCCCUCCUCCAGGUCCUUCUAUGCCAGCUGCUAACUUAUCAGGACCCCAACUAUCGCCUCCGUCUUCGGCCCCCGGAGGCCUGCCCCCCAUGCCCAGCCCCGGGGUGCCUCCGACAAGCUUCAUGCCGUCUACCUCUUUACCCUCGGGCCUGAUGCCACCCAGCUCCCAACCCGGAGCCCCAGUCCCCAUGUACCCAGGGGGACUCCACAACCAGGGGCCUGCUCCCCCCAUGGCACCUGGUCCCUAUGCCCCUCUUGGAUCGGGGUACCCACAGGGAGGCCCCGGAGCUCCUGCUGUAAAGCCCUUCUCGGCCCCUCCUGUGGCUCCUCCUCCUACAGGACCCCAUGAAGGUUGGAAUGACCCGCCAGCAGUACGAGGCGAACCCAGGAAGAAGAAGGUCGCUGACAACUACACUCCACCAGCCCCCAUCACGUCCCCUGUGAUGGGAUUCCCAGUGGAGGCCCCUCAGCCCCGUGACCACGCCCAAGUCCCACCCGGAGCCCCCCAGGAGCCCAGCGUGCAGCUCCUCCAGCAGCUGCCGGCAGAGAGGGUGGAGCAGAAAGAAAUCCCGGCUGAACACAUGGUUCUGAAAUCCACCUUUGACAGCCUGGUGCAGCGCUGCCAGCUCGCAGCAGGAGACCCGCAAACAAAAAGGAAACUUGAUGAUGCAGGCAAACGCCUGGGAUACCUGUAUGACAAACUGAGAGAGCAGUCGCUCUCUCACAACAUCCUUAAUGGGCUCCACGAGAUCAGCCGCUGCGUUGCGAGCCAGAACUACCAGCGGGGCCUGGAGGUCCACACCCAGGUGGUCAGCAGCAGCAACUUCAGCGAGAUCUCUGCCUUCAUGCCCAUCCUUAAAGUGCUCAUGACCAUCGCCAACAAGCUGGGCGUCUAAACCCCCGGGGUGGUGGGUGGGGCACCAACCAGACUUCAGUGUUACCAUAUUGUUAUAUAUGUAUUUAUUUCUUUAUGACCUGAUGACGUGCUUUGAUAAUGAGAAUAAUACUUACUGAUGAUAUUGCAUAUGGUGGUCUUCAUCACUCCAUAGUUAUUCCUUCCUGAAAGCUGAAUGGGCGGUGAGAUGGAUUUUUGUAGAGAUUUGUCGAUGUUGCUGUGGUAAUUUUACGAUAAAAAUGAAUGUAUUCUGAAAGUUGUGAUUCUGUGUAAAUUCAACAGUUGAUGUAAUAUACAAGGUCUGAAUCAAGGCGGUGUUUGUACAAGUAGUUGCAUUUUCAUAAUCCAUAUUACACUCCGUGCAUAUUUCCCCUUGAAUCAUUUCUGAUUGGAUACACGCAGUGCUCCAGGAAUAAAUGCGAGCUGCACUCACAUCUAUCCUGUUGGUGUAGUUUGUACGAGGGAGGAAACACAUUGAUUUUUCUUUUUAAAGUGAAACAUUUAACAACAAGCAUCAAGGAAACUGUAACAUAAAUACUGAUUGUUCUCUUCAUCUGCUGUAACUGAUUGUGUCUGGUUGAUUGUGCCAUGACGGGCUCUAUUUGGCCAAAGCACUGCUGAAGACUGCCAAACGGUGAUUGUGAAGUUGCUUUUUUAUCUUUUGUUUUCUCCAUUUUUUGUCAACAAAUCCCAUUUAGCACUGUUAUUUUCUGAUAGCUUGUGUGAACGAUUGAUUCUUUUUUUCUAUAAUUUCUUCAGUGUGCUUAGUUCACAUAGCAGCUCAUAAACUAGAAUUACAUUAAUUUAUGUCGAACUGCGUAUGAAUUGACAUAGGUGCUCCACCCUUUGUUAAAGAUGCUUUUACUCCACUUUAUUAAGUCUUAAGUCUUAUCCUUUUGUUCAUAGUUGUUUAUUAGAUCAUACAAUGAUACAAACUGAAAUGAACUAACAAGUGAAACAUGAUAUUUUAAGGAUUGUAGCUGGACGUAAAGCUGGAUAGUUUGGUGUAUCAUGGCAGCAGAAGGCAGUAAAGUGCCUCUGUGCUCAUUUUGGUUGCACAGAUAUUUAUACAAUCCAUGUUGCUUACUUUACUCAUGUUGGUAUCUUUUUCAAAUAAACUUCACUUCAAAGGUU